GUACUACAAGCAGUAAUGAUUAUGAGGUCAACUAUCGCUAUACUAGUGUUUGCGUGUGCGGUGUGGGGGGCCGCCGCUGCCGCCGCCGCCGCCGCCACCCGGAGGAGAUCAGCUCAGGCUGACUACAUCGAUGAGCUGUACGGGACGGAGGAUCUUUAUGCCAGGGUGUCUGAUAACGUGUUGGAGGAUGCCAGGCUUGAUGUGCCGGACCUCAUCAGAAAAUACAACUACCCAGUCGAGCAGCACUUCGUGACGACUCCUGACGGCUACAUCCUCGAGAUGCACCGCAUCCCACACGGCCGCGACGCGAACAACCGGCCUGAGGAGGGGAAACCCGUGGCGUUCGUCAUGCAUGGAUUGCUGUCGUCGUCUGCUGACUGGGUGCUGCUGGGCCCUGGGUGUGCGCUCGCGUACAUCCUGGCGGAACAAGGGUUCGACGUGUGGAUGGGCAACGCGCGCGGCAACUACUACUCGCGCCGCCACCGCUCUCUGAACCCCGACAGCAUCAGAAACACCAAGUUCUGGGACUUCAGCUGGGAUGAGAUCGGCCACUUCGACCUCCCUGCUAUGAUCGACUACACUCUGGCUGCCACUGGGAAGUCUAAGCUGCACUAUGUGGGACAUUCGCAGGGAACCACCGCGUUCUUUGUCAUGGCUUCGUUGAGGCCUGAAUACAAUGAGAAGAUUGUAGCCAUGCAAGCGCUGGCGCCUGUCGCGUUCAUGCAGUACAAUAAGAAUCUGCUCUUCAACACUAUGGCUCCUUUCGCUAGGAACAUAAACAAACUGGCGUCAACAAUCGGCGUCGGCGAGGUGCUGCCCAACAACAACCUGAUGACGUGGGCGGGGCAGUCCGUUUGCAUGGACGAGGUGGUGUUCCAGCCGCUCUGCACCAACAUGCUCUUCCUCAUGGCCGGCUGGAGCGAGGGCCAACAUAAUGCCACGAUGUUCCCUGUAAAACUGGGCCACACCCCUGCCGGCGCUGCGGUCCGCCAGCUCGCGCACUACGGCCAGAGCAUCCACGAGAACGAGUUCCGCCGCUACGACCACGGCUCCCGACAGAACCGCAACCUCUACGGAUCCCGAACACCUCCUAGCUACAAUCUCAAACGCAUCACUACCCCAGUCUUCUUACACUAUUCGGAUAACGACUCAUUCGCUGAUACCAGGGAUGUGAGGCGCUUGUAUGAAGAGUUAGGCGCGGCUGUAGGCCUGUUCAGGGUGCAGCUGUCUACGUUCAGCCACUUGGACUUCAUGUGGGGCAUCGAUGCGAAGACGCUCGUCUGGGACCGCAUGAUCAACCUCAUGUGGGCCACCGAGGCGCUUGAAAGCAAUGCGCAGUCAAUAGAAUAAGAGCAACAGUU